AUGCGUUGCACGAGUUACCUCGUGCUUUCCUGCUAUGCCUUGGCAUUCUCCCCCGCCUUGGCAUUGCCACAAGCCACGCCAUUGCCACAAGCCACGCCAUUGCCACAAGCCACGCCAUUGCCACAAGCCACGCCAUUGCCGCAGAAAAGAGGCAUUGGGAACUCAACCGUUCGGGCCAAUACCCUCGCGAAUGCCACUGCCCAUGGCCUCGGAAAUAGUACUACGAGUGAGAGUAAAUUCGGGAUCAAAGCGGAAGCUGGAGGGGGAACUAUCACUAUGGAUCUGGGACCGCUCUCAGUUUUCACGCAGACAACAACUGGCCUAGCGACCCCUACUGGUAUUGGCUAUUUCAUCUAUCCAACCGAUUAUAAUCAGCUUUCAGCAAUACCACCAGAUGGGAUUCGCGUCGUCUUCGGUGAAUUAACGCAACAACAUCUGUUGGCAAAGUUCCAGGAUGUAUGCAACCCGAGCAAUCCCAGUGAUCCGGCAUGUAUCGAAAGUCUCGCAGAAAUUCUCGAUCAAGAAGCGCCUGAUCUAAAAAAACGCUUCCUGCCUGCAAUACCUGUAAUUGCAGUAAUACUUGCUUCCGAAGCUUUGGUGUCAGCCGUACUCGCAGAGUUGUUCCUCGAUUCAGGACCGAAUCCCAUGCCCGUAGGCCAGGUACACUACGUAUCAACUGUGCUGGCCAGCGUGGCAGCCGUAUCAUCGGCGAUCGGCGCAUCCGUUAUCUUAGUAGAAACCGCCACGGAUGACAAACACGCCAUAAUCAUCAGCACGACCGAGCUAACCUCAUUCAACCCGUCCCCUACAGCCUCCGCUUCUUCUGCCGGGACUGCGUUACUGACCUCCGACUCCUCCAAUCAUUUCGUGCUCCAGAUUCAAAGCACAGACAUGCCGGCUCUUCAGAGUGCCGAGACCGCGACCGCCACGGCAAGCUCGGCACCCGCUUGCACCACCGGUACAUCACCGUUGAUUGAGAGAGACGAUACUGAUGUGUACAACGAGACUUUGUGUCUGGCCAAUGAGCUUAUGUACAACGCUGAUGGUCUCAUGAACCCAAAUGGCCUUAUAAGUACUUUCCGGACGCAGAUUGUAGAAAUCGCCGGCCAGUUGGAGCCAGACUUCAACCCCAUUUUCCAAGACCUGAGAGUGGCAGGAGCGUUCGCAUUGUUCCUGGCCGCGAGCGACACACUCCUUCCCAUACUGUUCCCUGGUCUACAUCAAGCAGGAUGGCUCGUGGCCGCGUUCAUUGCUUUCGGUCUCACCAUGCUACCAUUUGCUUCAAACACCCAAGGUAAGCUUCGAACAGAGAGCGGUAUUACUCAAAUCGUUCUCCAAGUCACCAAGGGGAAAUUCAAAUCUCAGCCGAUCUGCCCCCCCAGCGAACAGCCUUACGACUGCGCAUCUGUUCUGUGCGCUGGCAACGCCCACAAUAUCUGCACCGGUCCCUGGUUGGAUACCUGUCCGUGUGUCACAUGCCCAUCCGGACAGGAUAUGCCAUCUUGCUAUGAUUGUAACAGUGCUAACCCUUAUACCGGCAAGUGCGCAACGGUAAAUCCGGGCUGCUCCUGCUACGUUGACACGACGCAGAAUUCCAAUUUCCAGGAUCUUGCCUUCAACCUGCACGCUCUUCAGAUAUGGAAUUCACUCCCAUCGUGGUCGUCCAGCCCAUCGUUCCCUUAUAUGUUAGGGGUGACGUGUAGACCUGAUAACUCCUGGUACUCAACUUGCCAAUAUCCGAACACACAUACCGGCUCCGCAUUUGGAGCAAAUCUGGAUUUCGAGAGGUGUCUGACAAGCUUUUCAACCCCAGGCAAUCCGCAUGCCAUUAAUCCCAAACAACUCCCGAAUCCGACUAUGCCCACGGAUCUGAUGAUGGGACCAGGGUCAUUGAACGUGACCAUGAUAUGUCCGACUAAUAAAAACACGGUGGAUUUCGUUAUCAAUGUCGCCUACGCGCCUGGCUGCAUCUCACGGGCCUAUAGCGGCAAAAGUAACAUCUCGGAUCCAGUUGGUGAUGGUUCGAUUAACGGCUUGGAUGUACUGAGAGGAAAUUAUUACGGCUGCCUGAACAUGAUCGCGUCGUACGACCCCAAUGCAAAAGCGAUUGACAUGGUCCCCGGAAGCGCAGGCCAGGGAUACAAAGUCUCGAGCCUUCCCGCCCCCGGAAAUCUUUACCCUGGCGCCAGCAACUCAGGAGUAGGAGGUUGGAAUCAAAUCGGAUGCCUCAUCUAUGACGUGAUCCCCAGCAAGAACAGACCUUCGAUCUCCGUGAAUGCUGGCUCGAGCGAUGUCUCGUUCGUAGCAGCAAAUUGGGACCAAUACAAGACAGAUUGGCCGACGCUUGCCAAUACCUACUACGAGAACGGUGACUAUUACUGCCCACAACGCUACCCACAGUUUCACUGGGGAACUCCUCCUCCUGCCUGCAAGGCAUUCCCCUGCUCUCUUGGCAAUUCCAAGUAUGAUUCGAAUUCUGUUCAGUGUCUCAUACAGACUUAG